UUAUGGGAGCUACCUACCGGCUACCGAAAACAAACUAAAAAACUAAAAUAUCUUUUUGGUGAUAAUUUUAUGUUAAAACUGUCUGUACUGUAAUACUGUUUACUAAAUCGAUUAAUCAAAAUACUAUUACUAACCUAUAGUUUUUGGUACUGUGUGAUAUGUAUUGCUGUAGUGGUGUAGUCUGUAGUCGUCUUUAUUCCAUGGUCUUAUUGUAAUAUUAUGUUGUUUAUGACAACUGACAACAAUACAGUAUUCUUUGUAAAUACUUGAUUUCUUUGUCUACUCGUCUAUGCACUAAACAUGGUCAAUUUUUAAUAAUUCUGCUGGUCAUAUAUUAAACAUUAAGUUAUAAAAGUUAAAGUUUUAAAGCUAUAAUAUUUAUUUGUAUAGUUUAAUUAAUUAAUUUUUAUUAUAACUAUUAUUGAGUAUUUUAUUAAAUAUUAUAAAUUUGUUGUAAUACAGUAAUACUCAUACUUGACUAUUUUUUUGAUUCUUUUAAACUGAUUGUAAAAAAAUAAAAUUGUUUUCAUCAUGGCUUCAGCAGAUCCAACGGGCGUUACCAAAACUUGGGAACUUUCACUAUACGAAUUACAUAGAUCUCCUCAAGAAGCUAUUACAGAUAACACCGAAAUUGCUGUAUCCCCACGAAGUCUGCAUAGUGAACUAAUGUGUCCAAUAUGUUUGGAUAUGUUGAAAAAAACAAUGACUACUAAAGAAUGCCUCCAUAGAUUCUGUUCAGACUGUAUUGUGACUGCUCUCCGUUCAGGUAAUAAAGAAUGCCCUACCUGUCGUAAGAAACUAGUAUCUAAACGGUCGCUACGCCCUGAUCCAAAUUUUGAUCUUCUUAUAUCUAAGAUCUAUCCUAACCGUGAUGAAUAUGAAGCACAUCAAACUAGAGUGUUGGAAAAGUUAAACAAUAGUCACAGUCAGGCUAAUUUAGUUCAGUCAAUAAAUGAAGGUAUUAAAUUACAAACUCAAAAUCGACUACAACGUACCAAAAAACCCCAAAAUGAAGAACUAAAUGAAAGUAACUCAUCAACUACUCCAAAACCAUCAAAUAGUUCAGGUCAAGAUAAUGUAACAAGAACAAUGGUACAAACAAAAGUGGCAAAGAAGAUGAAGUCUGUUAUGAUUUCAGAAAAAGAAGGACCCUCUUCAACUGUUGACACCACAGACAUAACAGAAUGUGAUGGAGCACCAAAAGGUGUGUCAGCAGAUGAAAUAGAACUAGUGUUUAAACCUCAUCCUACAGAAAUGACCAAUGAUAAUCAGUUGAUCAGAGUUUUGAAGGAAAACUCUAUUCGUUAUAUAAAAACAACAGCUAAUGCAACUGUUGAUCAUUUGAGUAAGUAUUUAGCUAUGCGAUUGACGGUAGACCUUGGCUCAGAACUUACAGAACAAACACUCAAUUUUCUUAUCUAUGUUGCAUCAACUGCUGAUCAAUUGGUUCCUCUCAAUGGCAGUCAAACACUCCGAAACGUACACGAUAAGUAUUGGAAAGUUAACAAGCCACUGGAAAUGUUCUACUCUUUUACUUAAAUUAUUUAUUUAUCAUUGGUUUCUUUAGUUUCUUAUAAAAAAGGCUGGGCAAGUUAACUAUUUUUUUUAAAUCAUUAAGUUAAGUUAAUAUAAAAAGGUAAUGACUAAUGCGUACACAAACGUGAUUGAGAUACUGAAAGUAAAUAGUUAUAUCUUUCUUUUAUUGAUGACACGGUUACCCAUAAAACAUUUCUGUUUAUAAUAUAGGUAUAUAAUAGCAUGUAAUAUAUUCUGUGAAUAUACAAUAUAAUAACUAUAAUGUGACAAUAACAUAAAUUAACUCAUAAAUAUAACUCAAAAUGUAACUCAUUAAGUUAGAAUUUUUAACUCGUUAAUGUCCAGUCUUGUUUAUAAGUGGUUAUAACUACCUAGUAAAUUUUUUAAGUGCCUAUAUAAUAUAUUUUAUUUGCUAGCAAAAAUUAAUAAAAAUAAAAAUGUUUAAUACCUUACAUAAUGUAAUUUGCUUGGUAAUUAGGUUCAUCACCCCUUUAAAUAAGUUCAAUAAUUUAAGUAAUGUAGUUUAUAAUUAAAACAUAAAUUAAAAAUAAUAAAUUUAAU